AUGCGGUUCUCAUUUGCUACUUUGGAUCUUGUGGUCCUACUUUCCACCUGGCUUCCUCUUUCUUCUGCUCUCCCCACCCUUCCACCUCUCGCUGACUACCAAAUACGGAAUUUCCAGACCAUCAAUAAGAUAUACCAAUUCACAGUAUACCCACGUCAAGAGGCAAUCAUUGCACAGGUGACGAGUGACUCGAUUCCCGAGCUUGAACCUCUGUUCAGUCCAACAGUCUCCGGUCGAAUCCAAGAAAUUGGAAACUUCACCAACUUUCGCCAUAGCAUCGAAUACUUCUUCGGUCUAGCACCAAGACCACAGGGUUCAAUGUACAGUGCAAUAGUCGAAGCGGAACUUACACAGUUCUCUUCAGACCAUCCCUCAAUAGCCGCUAGCACCGUCAACUUCAAAGUCGCCCUUGAUAAUCCUUCAAAACCAGGAUUUGGCGCACCAGGUACUCGCACUUAUACAUAUCUCAAACAGACCGGGUUCUGGCAUUUCGAUGAACAAGGAAGAGUCGACUAUUAUGACCUCUAUAUCCCCGCGCUCAACGAGUUUGCAACUAUCCUUAACGGUGCAGAUUUCAACUCAAAACUUGUCCAACUUCUCGCAACAAAGCAGAUCUGUCAGGGCGCUCAAAAGUUAUGCAAAGGGAAAAAUACACAAUACCAUCCACAAAUAGGAUUGAACAUAGGCGGCGUGUUGAACGCUCUGGGGCUAAGUCCUUUGUUGGAUCUUCCUCUCAUCAACCAACUGGGACUUGGCAGUCUAAACUUGGGGGAACUGACUUGCUUUGCUAAACUCUCAGCAAAGAGUUUUGGAACUUUCGACAAGUUAUGGGCGGAUACUGUUACUUGUAGAAUUGUGCAUUUGAUGUUGGCAGAGGUCGAUCCAGAUGACCAUUGCGAACAUGUUGGUCCAACUGGUGGCGGCAAGUGUGUGGAAUACCCAUAUUAUGACCGCCAAUUCAAGGAUAAUACAUUAUUUGGGGAUACUCGCCGGUUUAGGUCUGCGAGUUAUAGCACUCUAAGUACGUAA